AGUGUAAAAGAAUGUGAUUUACUUUUUUAUAAACAAACAACCUUAAGAGUGUUUUACAUUAAUUAAAAAAAGGUUCACAUUUUCUGAGUUCUUUCUCUUCUUUUUAUUAUUCAUGCUUUCCUUUUUGGAUACACAUGAGCGUACAAAAUGUUUCGCAAGCCGAAAAAAAGGAGCUUCCUACUCCGAGUGUACAAAAUGGCUCCCAAGCUGAAGAAAAAAAGCUUCCCACUCAAGUUGAUAUUAAAGUUCUUAAUUUACAAAAAACAUGUUGUUGUUGCUUAUUAGAUAUGAUCAACAUGGAAACGUCCGGAAUGGAUGCCACUUUGACAGGUUUUGUACAAGGCACAUCUAACCGACAAACAUUAGCGUUGAUUGGUUUGAUUAACUGCUGUUCUCACACAUUUCAUUUUAAAUGUAUUCUGGCGUGGUCUUCUCAAGAAAAUUCAUGCCCUCAAUGUAAAAGACGUUUCACUUUUCUCGCUGGUUAUUCUUGUGUUGAUGGCGUUCAACACGUUAAGCGUCGCGUUGCUCAUGUUGACCAACACUAUAAACCCCAAGCUUUCCGACCACCAACAGUGCAAAGAGUACAACGACAGCAAGCGCAACAAAACUGCGUUUCGUGUUUUUUAUGCUUUUCUAUUUAUCAAGACCUCACUACAGAAACCUUACAAAAUGAAUGGUUACAAUGUUCAGGCGAUCAUGGAGUUUGUCGUGUUGCUUGUCAUCAAUUUUGUUUUGAUCAGUUAACUUUUCCUUUAUCAAUUUCAAAUGAAUUACGCUCUUUAUGGUUUUGUCCUUUUUGUAUUCGUGAAAAUCGUUGUGUUACAGCACAAAGACAACGUGCCUUAGAUUGCACAGCUUUUCUUAGAGAAAUUAAUUUACCAUCUUUUUCCUCCACACGCUCUUUCACCUUCUCUUCAGGAGCCGACAUCAUACAACCUUUUAUACGGUUUUACCGUCAUAUGAAAUAUUCUUUAUCUGCUCAUAAGGGAAAACGUAAGCGGCUUACAACUCUGGAAAAGAAUAAAAAAUCGUUAUUAUCUAACGGUGCUUCUCAAAAAAAAAAAAAAAAAUCUUCCUAUGACGCAUUUGUCUGCAGUAGUGAAGACGACCUCUGUCAUUUGACUCCUCCACCUUAUCGUGGUUCAACAGAUGAUUUCCAACGAUACGAGUUAAAUCAGCGACAAAAAUUUGGUCAAGAACAAUAUGGUAAAAGUAUGUAUUCAAGCCGCACCGAUGAUGGUGGAAUUUUAUCUGGUCGAGAUUUCGUAGCAUCAUUAUUUCGCAUGACUUCAAGUCCUACCAAUGUUACGACUCCAUCUACUUUUUUUUCUUCUUCCUCUUCCUCUUCUCGCCAAAUGCAAGAUCAGCUCGUUAAAGAUUUACCACCAUCGAACUCACUUAUGCAUGAGACAACAGGCACACUUUCACUGGAUUCAGAAAAAGGUAACAAGCAAAAGAAACCGUUUCCUUCUAUACCAUCCCCUUCUUCCACUAAAAUUCUAAAACCUCACUUACUCACUAACAAAAAAAAAAAAAAACCUUCUCCUACAUUAGUUUCUAUUGUGAAGCGUCAUUUAAAAGUGUUAACGACAGAGCAUGAUGUAUUCAAAAUCAUUUGCCGUUCCGUUUCUGAAUAUUUGGUUAGCACGCACGACAAUUGUUUGUGUGACCUGUCUGAUUCCACUAAAGUCUCUGAUUAUUGGAUGUCGAAAGACCACGAUAUACGUGACGAGGUUCAUAGACAAUGGUCAUUGUUCACCUUUAAAGGUUUUUUUUAA